AUGACGCCCACGCUCCUGCCAAAUCUCAUGGAAGGAUGCCCCCACCCGAGGCAAAGUGGUGGCUUGGAACAUGUGCCGCACUUGGACAGCCUCCCGCGCCUUGUUCCUGACUCAAACAUCAAGGUUUUGGACCAACGUCAACAACGACGACGACAUCAUCACCAUCACCACUACAACCUUGAGGUCGGACUUGCGAAUCGACAUUCAGCAGCGAACACAUCAACAUACAGGGCAUUUCAUCCGCAGUGCAAGAUCAUGUCCAGACCUCUCCAGAAUAUGGGUACACCAUCUGUCUCGACUUCGUAG